AAACCCAUGUCAAUUCUCAUAAAGGGUUCGUCUGUAAAUACUAAACUCGGGGAGGCAGAAAAGAGGACCAUUAUAUCAACAGAUGGAAGUAUUUCUUCUAGCCUACCUUGGGGACACAUAAUUUCUACAGAUACUGUGCCGUAUACUAUUCUGUCAGAAAUCGAUCCAAUUCUGGGCGAGAGCUAUCCGGUUCCAGCUAAGCAAAGAACCGAAGUCGGUGGAGACUUAGCAAAUCGGUUUGAAUGGCGCUACUUUUUAAGAAGACUGCAAUCCAACAAAGGAAAGGGUAACAAAGCUGUUGCUCAGAUAGGUCGAAAGUUACGCGUCAACGGCGAAAACCUCCUUACACUCGAAUACGAUAGAGACAGUUCGACAGUCGCUGUAUUCAUGGAUGACAAAGUAGAACUUCUGAAUGUCACAUACGACAGAACAGCACGUCCAGUCAAAUGGGGUCCUAGGAGUGGAAUCUUCGCAGAGGUGGAACUCGAAUACGAUAGGUUCAACAGACUCACUAGCUGGCGCUGGGGAGAC